GACGGCCGAAAGCGAAAAGCCCCUUUUCCUCUCGCUUUCUCCCCCCUCCCACUCCCAGCCUCCCUCCCACUAGAGACGAGACCAAAGACCCACGCGGAGCGGAGCGGAGCCGAAUCGAACACCCACACACACACACUCACCAUGGGACUGAGAUCCCUGCUCCUGCUCCUCCACAUUGCCGCCGCCGCCUCGCGCUCCGAGGCGGCCGCGUUCGGCUCGCCCACCACAGGCAGCAUCGUGAAGCAGCUCUCGUCGGUGGUCAAGUGGCCGCGGGGCGCCGCCUCCCCGCACGGGGCGGCCAAGCAGCCUGCCCACUCCCAGUACGCCGAUGUGCAUGUGGGUGUGGCGCUGCAGUUUGAGAGCGGCUACUUUGUCGAGACGCUUGUUGAAGGUGACAAGCUUGGUGUCACGCCGCACACCAUCAGGGUGUCCCCUGUUGAGGGUGGGGAGCUCCUUGCGGUAGACUCAGCACAUAGCAACAUUGUGCGAAUAACUCCGCCGCUGUCUGAGUAUAGCAGGGGAAGACUAGUUGCUGGUUCAUUCCAGGGGCAUUCUGGUCACAUAGAUGGUAAACCAAGUGAUGCCCGAUUCAAGCGCCCCACAGGCGUUGCGGUUGAUGAUAUGGGAAAUGUCUAUGUUGCUGACACUGCAAACUUGGCAAUUCGAAAGAUUGGGGAAUCAGGAGUGACCACCAUUGCUGGUGGCAAAUCAAAUAUCCCAGGCUAUAGGGAUGGCCCCAGUGAAGAUGCAAAGUUCUCUACUGAUUUUGAUGUGGUGUAUGUGAAGAAAAUGUGCUCUCUUCUGGUUAUUGACCGUGGAAAUGCAGCCCUUAGGAAAAUUGCUCUUCCGCAAGAAGAUUGCACUUAUCAGGAUUCCUCCCUCCUAUCUUCAGAUAUCAUAUUGGUCAUCGGUGCUGUUGUGGCUGGAUAUAUCUUUUCUGGUUUCCAACAUGGGUUUGGAUUUUCAAGCUCCGAGAAGGUAGAGGCACCUGAAAACGAGCAACACGAGAGCAGCACUCUUGGGAAGCCACCUCUGGUUGUGGAGAGCCUGAAAGAGGAACCAGGAGCUGGAUGGCCAUCCUUGGGGACGCUUAUUUCUGAUCUCUUGAAACUUGCUAUCGAAGGAGUGGGGAAGUUACUUCUCAGCAUUGUCCCGAAGAGGAAAACAGACCUCACUCCACUCAAAGACAGGCUCGUGAUGCCCGAGGACAGAGAGGAGACCUCGACAGCGCAGAAGCUCAGCAGCACGCCAAUGAGGCCCGAGACGCUCCACGCACCUAACGCUGUGACCGAGACGGCCCCAAAGGCCCAGAAGAGCAUCAAGCCAUCCAAAUUCAGGGACUCCACCCUGUCAAGCAAGCACAGGUCCUCCAAGAGGCAGGAGUACGCCGACUUCUACGGCACCUCCGAGCCCGCCGCGGCGAGCGCCAAGCUCCCAAAGGACCGGCUCCGCCACCGCCACAGGGAGAAGAGCGGGGAGGUCCCCUACGGGACCGCUCACCCCGAGCCGAGGCCCGCCGAGGCGAAGCCGGCGGAUUACAGCGACCCGAAGUAUGAUCACUACGUCAGGAGCAAGUACGCUGCCGAGAGUGGGUACAGGUACUGAAGCUAGCCUCCUCGCCGUCCCGCUGGCGAAACAGCGUGACGAAAUCUUACGCCGGCAUCUACCUGGCAAUGUUGUAGUGUGAACCUCCACAAUUGCAAAGUGGAAGUGCUGCUUAUGGUGGGUGCCCAUGAGAAUGCGGCAAAGUAGUGAUCCUAGUUAGGUGGGUGGGAAGUGGGAACCUAUGCCGACUGGCAUCCAGUUUCGGGAUGCCCAGGUGUGAUCUUGGCAGAGAGCGACAUGUAGCCUAGCGUUAGUUUUGAUCGGCAGUUAGAUGUAUCCAUCCAUCAUCCAUGGUUGUGGUCGCCUGUGACCUGCGGCGCGUGUCGGUGCCUGACUGGAGGCGACAACUCGUGACUGCCAGGUAAAUAACCCCUUGCCGAAUCAGUGAUCCACAGGUGCUGUUGCUGCUGUAAGCCCAGCUGUUGCUGCUGCU